GCUCAUCAUCAACCACCACCAUGUCGCCCACCUCGCCUCUUCAUCCCUCCCAGACACCCCUCUCACAUUCCCUUUUCUUCUUCACACCUUGAAAAAGCUGUCUACAAGCUGUUUCACCACAUUUAUGUCCCACGAUUCGACGGAACUUGGCAAUGACAGCGGCCACGAGCUGGACGAGGAAGGGAGUUCCGGGUGCGUGAAUGUCCCCCGCACUGGAUCAUAUUACUCAACACUGCUUUUCCGCGGCAUGGGGGGGGGGGAGCGGGGGGAGGAGCGAAAGGAAGAGCAGGCGGAGGAAGCGGGGCGAACAUUGCCCCGCUUUCCCGUCAUAUUCGCCCUCAGACGUAGUCUGAGGGUGCGAGGGUCCCGCUUAUGGCACUUGAAGUGCUAUAUAUGAGCCCUCGACAGCCCUGUAGCUGGUGCACACCCACCCACGCGCCCGCUUAUCGCGAUCGGCGCGGGCAGUGAGUAGUGCUUAUCCUCUCCCU